AUGGACGUCCAGGUCUCGCGCCGCGGCGCAGCCACUCGGUUCCGCAGGAGGGCCCCGCGGCGCGGUCUCGCUUCGAGGAAGUCACGGCCGGGCACCGCGCCGGGCUCGCCUGGGCUGGGCUGGGCUGUGCUGGGCUGCGGUUUUCCGCGGGUUACGCCAGCCGCGGCGGCCUCGCGGCCCGCCCGCCUUCUCGAGUUGCCGCCCGUGGCGCCCGCCCACCCACCGCUGCUGAACCCGAGCCGAGCCGGGUCGAGCCACGGAAGCCAGCGCGAGGCCAGCCGGGACGCCCGCGUUAUCGCCUCUCCUGCUCCUAAAGCCCGGCGGCCCGGCAGCACGCAGCUGGGAGAACCCGGUGCGCCUACCUCGCCCGUCUUCAACUACCGAGCAGGCGGCGUGUCUUACCGCGCGGGCACCGCCACGCCGCGCCGGCAACCGGACUCGAACCAAGUCCAAGGGCAGGGCACGGCUCCCCGAGGGCCACUUCCAGAGGGGGCCGGCGCGCUGCAGGGCCGCAAGAGGCCCUUAUCGCCGCCUGAAGGGCAGGACCGGCGCCAGCCAUUAGGGACGCUCUCACUGCAGGAACGCGUGAGCGGGAGAGGAAAAGGCGAAACGCGGCCGGCGGUGCCGGUGACUGUCAAGAUCAGCUGCUCGCCACAGCGGCCCACGCCGUCGCUUUCGAACUUCCCGCCCCGGUACGCCGGGCGCCGCCCACCUGUUGCUCGGGCGUUUGUUUACAACGCGUCGCGAGUGCAGCGUCGGUGGGCGUCUACGCGCGGGCAGAGGCGCGCAGCAGGUAGCAGGGCAGACUUACCGGGCGGCCCCGCAGGCGUGUGUGAGGAGCGGCUGUGUGGCUGUGGCGGUGACGUCCGUGGGGAGCGAGCGCCGGACACUGAGUGCCGGCCACGGGCGCUCCGGCCGGCGCGCCGCCGCGGGUCACGUGACGGCUACGUCACGCGGGCCGCCGCUUUCCUUACAGGUACACACGGCACGGCACGCGCUGCGGCGCCGACACUUGCGAAAUACGUACCCGCUCGGCCCUUUAGGCAUUUUCUCGGACCUGCUGUGACCGGCUGCUGA